AUGGCGCCAAGAAAGAAGGCUGAUGAGACCAAAACGAAGCCGUUGCCGAAGCCAGCGACCCGGACUUCGACUCGGUUGACUCGGAGCUCAGCUAAGCGACUCAAUGCGAGGUUGACUGAGUUAUCGACCGAUUCGGGGAAGAAGAGAAAGCAAGGAAAAGCAGAAGAGAGUAAGACGAAAGAGAAGAAGGUGAAGACUGCGGCUGAGACAGCGACUGCUACUGCGACCGCGACUUCCACGGAGGCUCAGGUGGAGGUUAACAACGAGGAUGAGAAGGAAGAAAAAGACGAGGCUGAUGAGGACGGGGACGGGGACGAAGUGAAAGAAGAGGAUGUUAAGGGGAAGAUAACUUCUACUGGUGAUGGAGCUAAUAAGACUAUCGUGAUUGAACAUUGCAAACAGUGCAAUGCAUUCAAGACACGAGCUAUGCAGGUGAAAGAUGGUUUGUUGAGUGCUUUUCCUGGUAUCUCUGUGUUACUCAAUCCUGAGAAGGUACUUUUGCUGAAUGUUAUUAACCUCUAUACACAGCUGUUAGUUGGGUCUACUAUUGAGCUUCUAGUUCGUUUGCCAGAGCCAUUAGGCUCAAUGACCUUUUCAAUACCUGAUGUUCACCCCAACCUCAACCUCUUUCACUGA